AUGAUUGUUGGAGCUGCAAUUUUGGCUUCAUCUUACACGGUUGCACAACUCAUCGUCGGUCGCAUCGUUACGGGGAUUGGGAACGGAAUGAACUCUUCGACGGCUCCCGUUUACAAGAGCGAAUGUUCACCAGCUGCUAUCCGAGGUGCGCUGUUGACCCUACAGGGCACAGUGACGAUUCUAAGAGUUGUGAUUUCUUACUGGAUGGACUAUGGGACUAGCUUCACCGAGUCCUCGCUUCAGUGGAGAUUCCAUCUUGCAUUCCAAGCUGUCUUUGCCAUCUUUCAAGUCAUUGGUCUUCCAGAAUCACCCAGAUGGCUCGUCCAGCACGAAAAAUACGAAGAGGUUCGCCAAACCAUCGCGGCCAUUGCCGAUAAGCCUGAUGACGAUGCGGAUUGGCUUGGAAGAAGAGCAAAAAGAUGGCCCUUCAGCAUCAAGGAAAUUUUCUUCUUGGGCGAGGUCCAGAACUUGCGGAGACUGCUCAUAGCCAUCUCCAUCCAGCUUGCACAGCAGUUCUCGGGCAGCAACAUGAUCAACUACUAUGCGCCCGUAAUCUUCCAAGGUAGCAUUGGACUCAGUCGAAACACUCCCCUCAUUGUCGGAGGGUGUUCGCAAAUCACCUACCUUAUUGGAAGCUGCAUUCCAGUCUUCUGGAUGGAUCGCUAUGGCCGACAGACACUUCUCAUGGCGUGCUCAGUGGGACUUAGCUUCUGUUUCGUCAUGGUUUCAAUCCUGCUCUCUCUCGGAUCUACAGGCUCUGCAUAUGGGGCCACUGCCUUUAUCUUUCUCUUUCAGCUCAUUAUUGGGGUCGAAUGGUUGCCUGUGCUUUGGUUCUAUCCCACCGAGAUCAACACUACCCAAAUGGCGGUUUUUGCCGUCGUAAAAAUCACGCCGAUUGCCUUUGAAAACAUUGGAUGGAAGACUUUUAUCAUCUUCGCAGUCCUCAAUGCCUGCUUCCUUUCAAUGGUGUACUGCUUCUACCCCGAGACGAAGGGUAUUGAGCUGGAAGAUAUUCCGCUGUUGUUUGUUAAGGGUGGUGUCACUGGAGGUGUCUUGUCUUCUAAAGGUGGACGCACUGUCAUGCCGCACCAACAUGCACAGGAAAUGCAGCUUGACGCCAAGGUCGGUGGGGUUCGCGAAGAGGUUGAGGAUAUCCAGGCCUAG